UAUAUAUCAUUUGAUAAUUUAGACAGAAUAUUGGACAAAUUUUGGUUUGAUUCACUUACGUGCGAUUUACAGUGAUUUAUAGGAGCCUAGGGAAUCUAGACUCCUGCUUGGUUUAAUCGUUGCACAGAAGUCAAAUAUGUGGAUUUUUGUUCUCAACUAAGCACUGAUUGUUUGCAAAUUCAUUAGAUCACUACGAAACAAGUGACUGGGUUUGUGAUCUUUAUCCAGAUUUAUGUUCAACAUGGAAUUUUUACCACUGUUCAAUGUGCCCCAUUAUGUGGUUAAACCUGCCCCGACUAUUUUGUACAGCGGGGUACAUUGAACCAUUACAGUUCAGUAUAUUAAAAUGUGUUUUUUAAAAAAGGUUUAAGAUUAAAUUAAUUGAAUAUGAUACACCAUAGUAACUAUGAUAUGUCUUCAAACAAUACAAUAAAGUAAAGAGAUCUACUUUUAAAAACUUAUAAUACGGAAGGAGGACAAUCAUUUAUGUGAAAAAACUGGUUCAAUGUGCCCCGGUCUCCCCUACAUCCAGGACCAGUCUGUGAGCUGUUUGUUUAGGAUUGCCAUAAGAAUUUUGCUUAUUACGUUGAACAGAUCGAGUGAUACCUUUUGUACAUUUACACAGCACAGUGAGGCACCCUUUUUGUGCACCGACAUAAUCUUGCCCUCUGCCCCACCUGAUCAGGGGAGUUGUACAUGACAGGGAGUAGGGUCCUCAGGUUUCCUCCCACUCCCCAAAACAAAGCGAAUUAUUGAAAUAAAAUUGAAUCAUAUGUUAGUCCCGAAAUGACCUAGUUUGUGUCGAGUGGUCGUUAAACCCCAUUUCUUUCUCUCUUUAUGCAACGACAUAACCUAUCCUCUGUCCCACCUGAUAUUAUUAUUUUACAGGAAACCUGAGAUGUGAAUGCUGCACGUCGAUGGGCCUUGUGUGAUAAGAUAUUUUCAAACAACAUUGACAUUCAAAACCACAGAAAAAUGGAUGCAAAACCCAGCAAUAAAACCAUUCAUCAUUGUAAUUUAUGUGAUGCAAAAUUCCUUUCAGCAGCAAUGCUGGAACAACAUUGUGAACUACACAUUAAAGAAGAACCAGUGGAAGGUGGCGCAGAUGUCAUUGGGAUUGAAAUGAAUGUGUCUACAGUUGGAACGAUGACCACAUCGCUGUUAAAUGAUUUGACAUCGACCAUAUUUGAGGACGUGAAGAUCGAGGUGAAUCUGGACGAAGAACCCGAAGAUGAUGAAAUCAGUGAGAUGGAGGAACGGAGUAGAAGUACGGGGAGAUACAGUGCCAAAGGUCAGCAUAAGCGUUGGAAAUCUGUUCGGGAUCUGGUGUCUACAAGUUCGAACACGUCUGAGAUGACACGCUCUCGCAGGUUUAAUACAAGAUGGCUGACAAAGUUUCCAUGGUUACGUUUGGAUGAUUCAACACGGACUAUGUUUUGUAAGCUGUGUGAGAAACAUAAAGUCAACAAUGAUUUUGUCAAUGGUUCACAAGAUUUCCGUGAAGCCAUUUUAUCCAAUCAUCAGGCAUCAACAGAUCACGAGGUGGCUGUUGAUAAAGAAGAUGAAGAGAAAGUGAAAAUAGAACAAGAAAUGGUAGAAAAGAAACAAGAUGAUGAUGAAGAUUACAAUGAAGAAGACAAUGCUACAAAUUCUGUCAUCAGGUCCCUCUUUAAAAAAUGGCAGCCAUCGAUUCCAUGGUUACGAUACGAUAAAGUAAAAGAUAAAAUCUAUUGUCAGGUUUGUCGGAUACAUAGAGGUGACAAACAUAAUGGAUUUGUUAUGGUUUCUUGUUGGACUCGGAUAACAGAUCUUAAAAGACAUGAAUCAUCUGGUAUUCACAAAUCAGCUCUAAUAGCACAGUUAACACUAGAUAGUAAGAAUGACUAUAAUGAUGGAGGUUUGAACGCAGCUGAUGACUCAGACUUGCGUCAAUUUAUUGUUAAAUGGUUUCCCUACUUUCCAUGGUUGCGAUGUGAUGAUUUUACAAAUCGUCUUCAUUGUCAGCUUUGUGAGCGACAUAGUGUAGAAAAUGAUUUUGUCACAGGAUCACAGACAUUCACAGGAUCAACAUUGGUUGAACACACAACCUCACCAGAACACAAGAAAGCUCUCAAAGGGGAAGAUAACUUCGUUAAAGACUCGUCCCAAGAUCGCGCUGAUUCGAUUUCUGACACGUUUGAUCCAAAAUGGCUGCCUAUGUUUCCUUGGUUACGAUAUGAUGAUGGUUUGGAUUUGAUGUUUUGUCAGCUUUGUGAGAAAUAUAAAAUGUCUACUGAUUUUGUGAGCGGUUCAAACAUUUUCAUAUUAUCAGCUCUAUUCAAGCACAAUGUUUCCACAAGUCACAAGCAAGUGGAUAGAAUGGAGAAAAAUCUUGCCAGAGACACAGUAAAUGUUAGCAGAGUUUGUACUGAUGUGGUGGAGGAUAGUGCAGAGGUUCGUCAUGAGUUCAACAAAGAAUGGCUGUCAAUAUACAGCUGGCUACAGUAUAAUGAAACUGACCAGAAGAUACUCUGUCAGCUGUGCAAAAGAUACAGAAUGGAAAAUGAAUUCGUAAACGGUACGCAGAAUUUUAGUCAAUCAUCCAUAUUAGGUCAUCUACAAUCACAUGACCAUCAGGUGGUCAGUAAUCGGGGUGACGAGAACCAACAAGAUUUGAAAAGUAAAUGUGACGCUCUAGUUAAAUAUAAAGGUCGCACAGAAAGGUUCAAUUGUGUCUGCGGGAAAACUUUUGUCACAAGCCAACAUUUCUGGUCUCAUCUAUAUAAAUCUCAUUUGUCUUUGAAUGAGAACGGAAGACAUUAUCAAUGUAAAAUUUGCAAUAAAGAGUUUGACGUUCAUUAUCGUGCAAAAAGUCACAUGAAGCAUGUUCAUGUAAACGUGAAGUCACACCACUGUAAAAUAUGCAAAAGAGCUUUUAAUACCCGGAACGCGUUAAUCACCCAUAGUGCUUUGCAUGUCAGCAACGAGACAACAGAAAUACAUGUAUGUGAUAUUUGUAGCAAAUCGUUUCUCACAAAAGAAGCGAUGAUACUCCAUAGUAAAAGUCACAGCACCAAGCCGUUUGAAUGCGAUGUUUGUAAGAGGACAUUGUCCAGUUCAAAGAGGUUGAUGCUACAUAUCAAAACACAUAAAGCGUGUGAAGUUUGCGGAAAAACGUACGAAAACAAAGCAGCGCUAACUAAACAUUUAAAGCUUCAUGCGCCGGUAAGUUCUGAAAAGCCAUUUAAAUGUGAUGUUUGUGGUAAAUCUUAUAAACUAAACAAUCAAUUACAGUCUCAUAUAUUGGUGCACAGGCUAGAAAAAACUUAUAAAUGUAACCUCUGCCCGUGUACGUAUUCCAAAAAUGGGCAUCUACGGUUACACAAGAAACGUCAUCAUAAUAUCGUUGAAGAAGCAGAAACGAGUCUCAAGUGUGAAAUCUGCAACUUUGUGGUCAGUGAUCAACAUGCCCUUGAACAACAUCGACUACAAGUAAGUCACACGGUUUGCUUGUUCAGUUGUUACAUCUGUAGCCAAGAGUUCUUCACCUCCAAGGAACUUCUAAAACAUGUUGAAAUGCACCAUGGACUUAAAUGUCCGUUUUGUGAGAAGUCGUUUCCGACAUCCCAAGAAGUCGAGCAACAUAAAGGAAAUCCAGAUUGCGAGAAAUUGGCGAAGGGCAUUCUACAAAAUCUUCUCAAUGACAUGCCACCGGACACAUUGUCAUCAUGUUGUAUUUGUGGAAAGUUGCGAGACAUAGAUCAAAUACUUGUGGAUAUCGAGAACUCUUGUGAAAAUUCGAUCUACAACAAAGUACAGACCAAUCUGAAGGAAUAUUUAGCCAAGGCAGUGGUGGAUGGUAGCGAGUAUAAAUGUGUUACAUGUAGUCAUCCUGUAGAUAUAGAAUAUCUGCGAAUGGAACAUUCAUAUACAUCUAUUGCUAAAAAUUAAAACUGUAUAACUACUAGGAUUGUGUAUUGGAGCUCAAAACUACAGUGGACUCUGUGUCACAUCCGGCUUUGGAAUACUACAGCAUUAUGUGAAAUCUGUCAUCAGUUUCAUGUCUCGAUUUAUCUCAUUAUUUCAAUCAAAAAAGUUUUGAGUAAUCCGUGUUCUGAAUAUUACGAAUUAUGACAUAAUCAGCGGUUACGUCACACGAUUUGCGUUGAGUUAAUAUUGGAUAAUCCGGCGUUCAAUCAGUGGUCCUGUCACACGAUUUGCAUUGAAUUAACAUUAUAUAAUCCGGCCUUCAAUCCGUCGUGAGUUCACUUACAAAAGAUUGACAAGGUCAGAUCAAUACUCGUGUCAGUCUUUGUUGAUUACCUUAUGCAUGAUUGGUUUUGUUGAUUACCUUGUCAGUCUUUGUUGAUUACCUUAUGCAUGAUUGGUUUUAACAUCAAAGCAUUUAAACAUUCGGCACACCUCGGCCAAUUCCACGAAUCUAGGGUACCGGAGUAUGCCGAGGUUUGUCGAAUGAGCCUUUAAAGAUAGUGGCGAAAGUGCGGGUGUUGAUCUUGGUACCGUUGAAGAAUUUUGUGUGCGCAUUCCGUCUAUUAUUGAAGGGUAUUCCCCUGAAAACAUUUUUAUUGUGAUGAAACCGGUUUGUUUUUUAGAGCAUUAUCCGACGGAUCAUUGUGUGAUAAACAUGCGAGCACUAUAGCAACGUAAAUAUUAAAUUCUUGCCACCAAAUACAAACAACCAAAGGAGGUUAUGCUUCCGGUAUUCAAAGGUUCCAUAAUACUUCCAAUAUUGAGUAUUCCGUCGUGCUGUGUAAUCUGGCAUAUUUGAACGAUCCCAUACGAUGUCGGAUGUACUAUGAUUGUGUAUUGGAGCUCAGAAUCAUUUUGAAAUAUCCUUGAGUGGCAUUUAGCAAUUGAGCACAUAAACAUAAACAUGAUUUAUAUGGAAUUAAGAAUGCAACGAUAAAUACAAAAAUAAUUGUGAUUAAUCAGGAUUAUUUCAAAAUGAACAAUUGCGAUAUCUUGGAUUAUCAUGAUGAGAUCAUUUAUCGUGAUAAUUCAAAUGUUCAUGGGUGAAGGAUUCAUUAUCAUGAUUAUUAAAACAUUUUACAACGUCUUUGUCACUCAUAUUUAUUAGACUAAAAUGAUUCAAAACCACCUAAAUAAUGUUCUUUUUGAAGUUAGAAGGAUUUGUUGUCAUUAUUGUCCACAAGAUAUUGUUUAUUGCCAAAAUCAGUGCAGAUUCAAUGUUUUCUUUUUCUGCAACCAAUGUUUCUAACGGAAAUAAAGGUCACCUGUCCAACUUUGGGGGUUUUCUCUGCGUUCUCCAGUUUCCUCCCGAUUCUAAAGACCCCUAAUUGAACCAUAUAUGUAAGUCCCGAAGUGAUCUAGUUCGUGUCGUGUGGACAUUAAUCCCCAUUUCUCUCUCUUUAUAGCGUGCUUUCUAUUCCCUUGCCUGAAUGUGACAUGGAGUCUAUUUGCCUGUUUAACCUCGUGGGUUUUCUCUGGGUCUGUCAUUAAGUCAAGUGUCGUGGUUUCUAUUCCCAGGGGGGGUUGGAUGGCUGAAUGGUUAGCGUGUGCGCGCUGUAUCAUAAAGUCUGUCAUUGAGUCGACUGGCGUGGUUUCGAAUCCCCGGUUGUAUGUGACAAGGAGUAGGGUCGCCUAUCCAACCUCAUGGGUUUUCUCCGGGUCUUCCGGUUUCCUCCCACUGCUAAAGACCUCUAUGCGCAAGCGAAUUAUUGAAAUAAAAUUAAACCAUAUGUUAUUCCCGAAAUGACCUAGUUGUGUCGAGUGGACGUUAAACCCCAUUUCUCUCUCUCUCUCUUUUCUAUUCCCAGCUUGAACGUGACAAGGAGUAGGGUUGCCUGUCCAAUCUCCUGGGUUUUCUCCGAGUCCUCCGGUUUCCUCCCACUGCUAAAGACCCCUACAUGCAAGCGAUGCGAUUUAUUGAAAUAAAAUUUAACCCUAUGUUAGUCCCGAAAUGACCUAGUUUAUGUCGAGUGGACGCUAAACCCCAUUUCUCUCUCUUUCUCUUUUUUCCUUGCCACAGGAAUAAACCAUUUGUGACCUGAAUCGGCUUGCUGGAAACCACAGGGAUGUUCUAGACGUCACGAAAUACACCUUGUAUCCACACGAGGGUUAAAAGAGCAUAUUGACUAACUAAAUUUUUUUUUCUUUCGGUUUGAUCAAUAUGCCAAUAUUGGUGCCAUUACAAAGCCCAUGCGGGUGUUCUUUAUGUUGGAAAAAAUGGUUGCUUAUGUGCCAAAUAACAUCCAAGAUAUUUUGGGGUUUUCUGUCUGAUAAUAAAUAUACCAAUAUUGGUGCCAUAACAACAGAUAUAUUUUUGGUGUUUCCAUUUGAUAAAUAUAUCAAUAAUGGUGCCAUAACAACAGGAAUAUUUUGUGUUUUUCUAUUUGAUCAAUAUGCUAAUGUUGGUGCCAUUACAAAGCCCACAUGGACAUCUUAUUGUUGGGAAAAUGAUUGUCUGACAGAUAAUAACAGAGAAAAAAGACAUUGAAGAAGAGAAUUCUAAUUAGUAGGACUACUAAUCUGAUUAAAAUACAGAUCUAUAUUUCGUUUCGUUUUUUUAUGCUUUCGAUGGCCCACAUACACUACAUGAAGAUCUGACUGGUUGUAGUGAGAGGUCACAUCAGAGGUCAUACAAGUGGCUUUUGACCCUAUGACAUCAGACAUUGAUUAAUUGAUUAAUCAACCAGCGUUAAUGUUUCUAGAGGGAUACCCAAAAUUCCGUACACCAUACGCCAAGAACUCGCUGUAGCAGACCGUUUCAUUGGCAAAUCCCUCACAUCAACCAGAAGGCGGGUUACAUAACAACUCUUCCUGAUCCUAGUGUAGUAAAGACAAGUAAAACGGAAUUCUGAACUAUAAAAAAAGGAACAAAAUAGGAUCUGUGUUUUAAACAGACUGUAGAACUACCUUUCAAGGUGGUUGAGUUAGAUGCGCAAAUGACCCGAGUGAAGAACUGUAUAGAAGUUGAAAGGCUUUUGUUUACAGAACAAAUACUGUGAGACAAACUAUAUUUCCUGGCUACCUGAUGUGGGAUUUCUAGGGGAAAAGGCACUAUUUGUGUUUUAGACACACUCUUUUUCAGACUGCAGAAUUGUCAUGCACUCUCUUUUCCAUGUGCAAAUGCCUACAGCAUCGGUAAGUCAGGUAGAUCUGUUCUUAAAACUAGACCUUUACAGGUAAUUCUCAACUGUCU